AUGGAGACCGAGGCCGGGCCCGCGCGGCCUCGCGGCGUUGCCAUGGAGACAACUCCCGGGCUGGGGCUCCGAAGCCCCGGCGAGCCGCUGGCUCAGAACCCCGGCGAGCCGCUGUGCGAGACCGGAACCGCGGUGGUGGCGGCGGCGGCGGCACGCUGGGACCUGCGAAAACAUUCUUUGCUCAUCGUGAUCGGCGAUAUCGGUACAGAGAGUCAGCUGAGGGCCGUGCGGGCCCACCUUGAACAAGGGAUUCUCUCCUGGAACAUUGACUUAUCCUCCUUUGACUUGAACCAACAGUUGAGACUCUUCAUUACCCGGCACCUAGCUCACUUCUCCUCAGAGGUCAAAGGCCAGAGGACCCUCUGCCACCAGAGUGAGAUCCUAGAGACUGUCAUCCUGGUGAACCCCAGCGCAGACAGCAUCAGCUCUGAGGUUCGCCAUUUCCUCAGCAGCCCGUCAGCUCACAAGCUACUGAUCUUGAGUGGGCAAAGCUUAGAGCCUGGGGGAGACCUAAUCCUGCAGAGCGGCACCUACUCCUACCAAGACUUCGCCCAGGUCCUACAUAACCCGGAGAUUGCUCAGUUGCUCAGCAAUAGAGACCCUGGGAUCCAGGCCUGCCUCACCGUGUCCUGCCUGGGGGAGGGUGACUGGAGCCAUCUGGGACUAUCCAGUUCCCAAGAGACCCUGCACCUCCGGCUGAACCCUGAGCCCAGGCUGCCCGCCAUGGACGGCGUGGCUGAGUUCUCUGAGUACGUCUCCGAGACCGUGGAUGUGCCGUCCCCUUUCGACCUGCUAGAGCCUCCCACCUCAGGGGGCUUCCUCAAGCUCUCCAAGCCUUGCUGCUACAUCUUCCCUGGUGGCCGCGGGGACUCAGCCCUCUUCGCCGUCAAUGGGUUCAACAUCCUGGUGGACGGGGGCUCCGAUCGCAAGUCCUGCUUCUGGAAGCUGGUGCGGCACCUGGACCGAAUCGACUCGGUGCUACUCACCCACAUCGGGGCAGACAACCUGCCGGGCAUCAAUGGCCUCCUGCAGCGCAAAGUGGCAGAGCUGGAGGAGGAGCAGUCGCAGGGCUCGAGCAGCUACAGCGACUGGGUGAAGAACCUCAUCUCGCCCGAGCUCGGCGUCGUCUUCUUCAACGUGCCCGAUAAGCUGCGGCUGCCGGAUGCCUCCCGCAAGGCCAAGCGCAGCAUCGAGGAGGCCUGCCUCACGCUGCAGCACCUACACCGCCUGGGCAUCCAGGCCGAGCCUCUGUACCGUGUGGUCAGCAACACCAUCGAGCCUCUGACCCUCUUCCACAAAAUGGGCGUGGGCCGGCUGGACAUGUAUGUCCUCAACCCCGUCAAGGACAGCAAGGAGAUGCAGUUCCUCAUGCAAAAGUGGGCAGGCAACAGCAAAGCCAAGACGGGCAUCGUGCUGGCCAACGGGAAGGAGGCUGAGAUCUCGGUGCCCUACCUGACCUCCAUCACGGCUCUGGUGGUCUGGCUACCAGCCAACCCCACCGAGAAGAUCGUGCGAGUGCUUUUUCCAGGCAACGCUCCCCAGAACAAGAUCCUGGAGGGCCUGGAAAAGCUCCGGCAUCUGGACUUCCUGCGCUACCCUGUGGCCACCCAGAAGGACCUGGCCUCUGGGGCUGUGCCUGCCAACCUGAAACCCAGCAAAAUCAAACAGCGGGCUGACAGCAAAGAGAGCCUCAAAGCCGCCACCAAAACAGCCGUGAGCAAGCUGGCCAAGCGGGAGGAGGUGGCAGAAGAGGGAGCCAAGGAGGCCCGCUCGGAGAUGGCCAAAGAGGUAGCCAAGACUGAGAAGAAGGCCAAGGAGCCCACCGAGAAGCCCCCAGAGAAGCCUGCCAAGCCCGAGAGGGUAAAGACGGAGUCCAGCGAGGCUCUGAAGGCGGAGAAGCGGAAGCUGAUCAAGGACAAGGUCGGGAAGAAGCACCUCAAAGAGAAGAUUUCGAAGCUGGAUGAGAAAAAGGACAAGGAGAAAAAAGAGAUCAAGAAGGAGAGGAAGGAGCUCAAGAAGGAUGAAGGAAGGAAGGAGGAGAAGAGGAAAGACACCAAACCCGAGGCCAAGAAGAUUUCCAAGCCAGACCUGAAGCCCUUCACCCCCGAGGUACGGAAGACCCUCUUCAAAGCCAAGGCCCCUGCAAGAGUGAAGCUGGACAAGAGCCGGGCUGCCCGUGGGGAGAAGGAGCCGCCUUCUGAGCCCCGGACGCCCCCGGCCCAGAAGGCGGCUGCGCCACUCCCAACAGUCACCGGGCACCGGGAGCUGGCCUUGUCCUCACCAGAGGACCUCACACAGGACUUUGAGGACAUGAAGCGGGAGGAGAGGGCUUUGCUGGCCGAACAGAGGGACACAGGACUAGGAGAGAAACCACUGCCUAUGGAUUCUACACAGGAGGGACCCCCCAGCCUGGCUCCCCAGGUUACACAGCCCUCUGUCCCUGGGCGGGAGCCAGAAGAGCGUGCGAUGGAAAAGGAAGCUGCCCCAGAAAUCCCUGGGGAACAAGGCAGCCAGGACCAAGGCCCGGACUCUGGGGCUGAGACAGAGGAAGAGAAAGAAACCUGUGAGGAGAAGCAGCAGCAGGAAGCAGAGAGACUCCCAGACAGACCAGAAGCCAGAGAGGAGAGUGAGCCGGAGCUGAAGGAGGACGUGAUCGAGAAAGCCGAGGUAGAAGAAAUGGAGGAGGCACGGCCGUCAGAUGAGGAGGAGGAGGAGGAGACGAAGGCUGAGGGUCUGUACCAAAAGCAUAUGCAGGAAGCCUUCAAGGUGACCGCCAGGGAGAGAGAGGCUCUCGAGGGCCGGGAACUGGGGCCCCAGGCUAAGGCCCCCGAGAAGGAGACGGCAUCAUUCCUGAGCAGCCUGGCCACCCCGGUGGGAGCCACUGAACAUGUCUCCUACAUCCAGGAUGAGACAAUCCCUGGCUACUCAGAGACAGAGCAGACCAUCUCCGAUGAAGAGAUCCACGACGAGCCCGAGGAGCGCCCGGCUCCACCCAGAUUCCCUCCAAGUACCUUUGACCUCCCUGGGCCUGAAGGUGCUGGCCCCUUUGAAGCCGGCCAGCCUGCAGACAGUGCCGUUCCUGUCACCUCCAGCAAAGGCUAUGGGGCGCCGGAGACUGAACUCCCCUACCCCACCAACCUGGUGGCCGCGCCACUGGCUGAAGAGGAACACGUGUCCUCGGCCACCUCAAUCACGGAGUGUGACAAGCUCUCGUCCUUUGCCACGUCAGUGGCUGAGGACCAGUCUGUGGCCUCGCUCACAGCUCCUCAGACGGAGGAGACAGGCAAGAGCUCCCUGCUGCUCGACACGGUCACGAGCAUCCCCUCCUCCCGCACCGAGGCCACCCAGGGCUUAGACUACGUGCCGUCGGCUGGCACCAUCUCACCUACCUCCUCGCUGGAGGAAGACAAAGGCUUCAAAUCACCACCCUGUGAGGAAUUCUCUGUGGCUGGGGAGUCGGAGAAGAGAGGAGAGAGUGUAGGGAGAGCAUUGCCUGGGGAGAGAGCUGUGGGAGAGGAAGAAGAGGAGCCAGCAAACGCAGAGGCGUCUGAGAAACUUCACCACCAGUAUGGCUCCCCGAUAUUUGGGGCCCCUGGGCAUGCCCUACAUCCCGGGGAACCAGCCCAGGGAGAGGUGGAGGAGCGGUGCCUCAGCCCGGAUGACAGCACAGUGAAGAUGGCCUCUCCGCCACCAUCCGGCCCGCCCAGUGCUACCCACACACCCUUUCAUCAGUCCCCCGUGGAAGAAAAGUCUGAGCCCCAAGACUUUCAGGAGGAAGACUCCUGGGGAGGCACAAAACACACACCAGGUAUGGACACGGAAGAUGCUGCAAAGGAGACAGUCAGGCCAGGGCCUGAAGAGGGCACCCUAGAGAAGCAGGGGGAGAGGCCUGUUCCCAGGAGCCCCCAGGCCCAGAUGGCACCUGUCGGUAUUCCAGGAGGACAUUCAGGCCACACCAGUCCAUUGUUGCCAGUACAGGACGGAGCAAUAGUCUUCGAGACCACAGAGGCAGGAGAGCCCACAGGCCCAGUUCUGGCAACAGAAACCCUUCCCAGAGAUUUGAAGCCGUCACUUCAAGAACCUGGUGAACCUCAGAAAGAGGAGGUACCCCAAUUUCCUGGCCAGAGCCUCUCUCCCGAAGAUGCAGAGUCCCUCUCUGUCCUCAGUGUGGUCUCACCAGACACUGCCAACCAAGAGCCCACUCCCAGGUCUCCCUCUGGCCUGACGGAACAGCACCUACACAGAGACUUUUGGCCAGCGGCUUCUCCACAAGACACCCAGUCACUUUCUCUUUCCGAGGAGAGUCCCAGCAAGGAGACCUCUCUGGAUAUCUCUUCUAAGCAGCUCUCUCCAGAAAGCCUCGGAACCCUCCAGUUUGGGGAGCUAAGUCUUGGAAAGGAAGGAAGGGGGCCUCUGAUGCAGGCUGAAGACACUGCUCACUACCCAGCUCCUGUUUCUCUCCCAGAGCCUCAUGCAGCCACACUGUCACCUCCCAGAGAUGAGACCAUUGGCUACUCCACACAGGGAGCCAUCAUGGAUGAGAGCCCUGAUAGAAGAUCACCUGCCAGCUCCUUCUCUCAUCCUACACUGUCAGGUGAGGAGAAGCACUCACCUGGCGUGGUCACAAGCCCUGGCGAACAUAUUAUGACACCUGAUAGCUCCAUCACCAAGAGUCCAGAGUCUCUGCCAAGCCCUGCCAUGGAGGACAUUGUCAUGGAGUGGGAAGGGAAAGUUCCACGGUUGAAAGAUGGAACCCCCGAGGAGAAGGACAAGGAACCCGAACAAAAGGAUGAAGUUGUACAGCAGAAGGACAAAACCCUGCAACAGAAGGAUACUGCUGUAGAGCAGGGCACAGCCAUCUGUCAGAAAGACGAGGCUCUGAGAGCAGGGGAUGAGGCUGUGGAGCAGCAGGGUAAGGCUUUAGAACAAAAAGGCAAAGACGUAGACCAGAAGGAUGUGUCCCCAGAACAGAAGGGCAAGGCCCCGGAACCAAAAGACAAAGUCUUGGAACAAAAAGACAAGGCCCCGGAAGUGAAAGACAAAGACUCAGAACAAAAAGACAAGAUCCCGGAAGUGAAAGACAAAGACUUGGAACAAAAAGACAAGACCCCAGAAGUGAAAGACAAAGACUCAGAACAAAAAGACAAGGCCCCGGAAGUGAAAGAUAAAGACUCAGAACAAAAAGACAAGAUCCCGGAAGUGAAAGACAAAGACUUGGAACAAAAAGACAAGACCCCAGAAGUGAAAGACAAAGACUCAGAACAAAAAGACAAGACCCCGGAAGUGAAAGACAAGAUCCCAGAAGACAAAGAUGAUGCCUUAGAACAAAAGGGCCCACCCCUGGAACAGAAGGACAAAGACUCAGAACAAAAAGAUAAGGUUCUGGGACACAAGGAGAAGAGCCCAGAAGAGAAAGACAAAGUCUUAGGACAAAAAGUCCAAGACUUUGAACAUAAAGACACAGCUCCAGAGGACAAGGUUCUGGAACCUAAGGGCAAGACAUCAGAACAGACAGACACAGCCCCUGAGCAGAAAGACAGGGCCCAGGCACACAGAGAGAAGGCCUUAGAAGAAAAGGAUCAGCCUUUGGAGCAAAAAUACUGGGCUUUAGGAAAGAAGGAUGAGGCCCUGGAGCAAAAUAACACGGCUGCCGAACAGAAAGACAAGGCUCCAGGAGAGGACAAAACCCAAGGGGAUAAGACCAUGAAAGCAAAGGAGAUCCUAGGGCAGAUGUCCCCGACAAAGGCCCAGGCUGCAGGAGAGAAGGAAGAGACGGUGCUAGGGCAGACCAAAGCUCUGGGGCUGGAAGAAAGCCCAGUGCAGCUGGGCAAGGCCCACGAGCAGGAAGAGAAGUCCUGGAAGGAACAGGCUGUGGUCCAGGAAUGGCGAGAAACAUCUCCAGCCAGAGCAGAGCCAGCUGGAGAGCUGAAGGAGCCUGUCCGGGCCUGGGGCGACGCAUCUCCAGAGCAGGAGGUCAGGUACUGGAGGGGCCGAGAGGACGGGGCCCUGGAGCAGGACGCGUACUGGAGGGAACUGAGCUCCGAGCGGAAGGUCUGGUUCCCUCACGAGCUGGAUGGCCAGGGGGCUCGUCCACGCUACCCUGAGGAACGGGAGAGCACUUUCCUGGAUGAGGGUCCGGAUGAUGAGCAACAGGUGUCACCCCUGGGGCGCACACCCUGCAGCCCCUGGACCUCAGACUUCAAGGAUUUCCAGGAGCCCUCCCCGCGGAAGGGCGCAGAGGUGGAGCGCUGGCUCGCCGAGUCACCAGUCGAGCUGCCACCAGAGGAAGAGGACAAGCUGACCCGCUCUCCCUUUGAGAUCAUCUCCCCUCCAACCUCCCCACCUGAGAUGGCCGGACUGAGGCUUCCUCCGGCGCCAGGGCAAGAGAGCCCUAGCCCAGAGCCUAAGCCCAUGCCACCCUUGAGGAAUGAACCCACCACCCCUUCAUGGCUGGCUGACAUCCCACCGUGGGUACCCAAGGACAGACCCCUGCCCCCCGCCCCCCUUUCCCCAGCUCCAGCUCCCCCCACUCCUGCCCCGGAGCCACACCCUCCUGCGCCCUUCUCCUGGGGCACAGCUGAGUAUGACAGCGUGGUAGCGGCAGUGCAGGAGGGGGCAGCUGAGCUGGAAGGUGGCCCGUACUCCCCACUGGGGAAGGACUACCGAAAGGCUGAAGGGGAAAGGGAAGGAGGUGGGGCUGAGGCUCCUGACAGCAGCCUCCGCGGCCUGGAGGCUUCAGAGGCCGGAGGGAGCCACACUACCGGAGGGAGCCACACUACCGGGGAGCCGGAGCAGGCGGAGCCCGAGCAGCGAGAGCCCACUCCGUAUCCUGACGAGAGAAGCUUUCAGUACGCAGACAUCUAUGAGCACAUGAUGCUUACGGGGCUUGGCCCUGCGUGCCCCACCAGGGAGCCUCCCCUUGGAGCGGCCGGGGAUUGGCCCCCACGCCUCUCAACGAAGGAGGAGGCUGCCGGCCGCGACACGUCCACAGAGAAGGAGCUUUCUUCUCCCGUCUCGCCCAAGGGCAUCCAGUCGGACACGCCAGCCUUCAGCUAUGCAGCCCUAGCAGGACCCACUGUGCCCCCACGGCGGGAGCCAGAGCCAGGGCUAAGUGUGGAACCCAGCCUCACUCCACCUGCAGUGCCCCCUCGUGCUCCUAUCCCUCUGAGCAAAGGCCCAAGCCCCCCUCUUAAUGGUAACAUCCUGAGCUGCAGCCCGGAGAGGAGGACCCCAUCUCCCAAGGAAUCAGCCCGGAGUCCCUGGGAUGACAGCCCUAGUGACUCGGAGCUGGAGAAGGGGGCUCGAGAACAGCCGGAGAAAGAGGCCCAGUCCCCAAGUCCCCCUCACCCCACACCUGCGGGGCCCCCCACCUUGUGGCCUGAAACUGAGGCACAAACUAGUGCUUCCUUGGACUCACAGACGGGGCCUGCCCGACCCAACCUGGACUUCCCGGCUUCAGCCUUUGGCUUCUCCUCAUUGCAGCCAGCUCCCCCGCAGCUGCCCUCCCCAGCUGAACCCCGCUCUGCUCCCUGCGGCUCCCUUGCCUUCUCUGGGGACCGAGCUCUGGCUCUGGCCCCGGGCCCUCCCACGAGAGCCCGCCAUGAUGAGUACCUGGAAGUGACCAAGGCCCCCAGCCUGGACUCCUCACUGCCCCAGCUCCCAUCACCCAGCUCUCCUGGGGCCCCUCUCCUGUCCAGUCUGCCGCGCCCUGCCUCACCAGCCCUGUCUGAAGGCUCCUCCUCUGAGGCUACCACACCUGUGAUUUCAAGUGUGGCCGAGCGUUUCCCUCCAGGCCUGGAGGCUGCAGAACAUGGGUCUGGGGCACUGGCCCCAGGCAUGGAAGCAGCCUCCCACAGCCUCUGGGACCUCGCUCCCCUGAGUCCAGCACCCACUGCUUCACUGGACUUGGCCCCAGCUCCGGCUGCAAGCCUGCCAGGAGACAUGGAUGAUGGCACCCUGCCCUGCCGCCUGGAGUGCUUGGGGGCGGCCACCAAGAAGCCAAGCCCCUUCCAGGGUCCCUCUGGGGACUGUGCGGCCAAUGGACCAACUGGAACCAGCCCCCAGCCCCCGGGCCCCGCCACAGCCAAGGCGGAGAAAGAAGAGGCUGAGGCGUGCCCUGCCUGGGAACGAGGGGCCUGGCCUGAGGGAGCUGAGAGGAGCUCCCGGCCUGACACGCUGCUCUCUCCUGAGCAGCCGCUGUGUCCUGGAGGGGGCGCUGGUGGCCCGCCCCACAGUCUCUCUCCCGAGGUUGAGGCUGGGCCCCAGGGAUGUGCUGCUGAGCCACGGCCCCACCGCGGGGAGCUCUCCCCAUCUUUCCUGAACCCACCUCUACCCCCAUGCACAGAUGACAGUGACCUCUCGGCUGAGGAAGCUCGGCUGGUAGGAAGAGGGGGGCGGCGCCGGGCAGGGGGGCCAGGGCCCACAGGGGGCCCCUGCCCCAUGACUGACGAGACGCCGCCCACAUCAGCUAGUGACUCAGGCUCCUCACAGUCAGAUUCCGACGUUCCUCCAGAAACCGAGGAGUGUCCGUCCAUCACAGCCGAGGCAGCCCUCGACUCUGACGAGGAUGGGGACUUCCUACCUGUGGACAAAGCUGGGGGGGUCAGUGGGACUCACCAUCCCAGGCCUGGCCACGACCCACCCCCUCUCCCCCAGCCAGACCCCCGCCCGGCGCCUCCCCGCCCUGAUGUAUGCAUGGCCGACCCAGAGGGGCUCAGCUCAGAGACUGGGAGAGUAGAGAGGCUACGGGAGAAGGAAAAGGUGCAGGGGCGGGUAGGGCGCAGGGCCCCAGGCAGGGCCAAACCAGCAUCCCCCGCACGCCGCCUGGAUCUUCGGGGAAAACGAUCACCCACUCCCGGGAAAGGGCCUACAGACCGAGCCUCUCGUGGCCCACCCCGACCACGGAGCACGCCAAGCCAGGUCACCCCCGCGGAGGAAAAGGACGGACACAGCCCCAUGGCCAAAGGCCUAGUCAAUGGACUCAAGGCAGGACCGAUGGCCUUAGGUUCCAAGGGCGGCUCCGGCCCCCCUGUGUAUGUGGACCUCGCCUAUAUCCCGAAUCACUGCAGUGGCAAGACUGUUGACCUUGACUUCUUCCGUCGAGUGCGUGCAUCCUACUAUGUGGUCAGUGGCAACGACCCCACCAAUGGCGAGCCAAGCCGGGCUGUGCUGGAUGCCUUGCUGGAGGGCAAGGCCCAGUGGGGGGAGAAUCUUCAGGUGACUCUGAUCCCUACUCACGACACAGAGGUGACUCGUGAAUGGUACCAGCAGACCCACGAGCAGCAGCAGCAGCUGAACGUCCUGGUCCUGGCUAGCAGCAGCACUGUGGUCAUGCAGGAUGAGUCCUUCCCGGCUUGCAAGAUUGAGUUCUGAAAGAACCAUUGUCCCUUCCCCAAGGAUCUGCUCCCCCAGCUCCUUUAGAGAAUGGCUACUGCUGAGUCCUUUGGGGUUGAGGGAGCUGGGAGCUGGGGGAGUAGGACAGAUAUAUCCAUUGUGGGGGUUUAGGCUGGGCUAAAUGGAAGGGGUUGUCCCUCUCCUGCAUCCAUUCCUGAGAGGGGUCUCAAAGCCAAAGGUAAGAGGGAUAGGAUUAGGGGAGGAUACAAAAUUAGGGUAGGAGGUCAUCUGAUGCUGAGAACCCUGGAGUGUUACCCUCUCCUAGCACUGCCAAAUGCUGGUACUAGAUGGGGAAUGAGGAUGGGUCUGAGAGCAGCCUCCUCCCUCAUGCGGCAAGGUCAUAACCCCAACCCCAGGGACAUCUUUAUCCCAUCUAUUUAUUUAGCACCCCAGAAAUUAUUUCUAUGAGUAAUUUAUGUGACCUGAGGGUAAGAUAACAUCAGUGAGGUACCCAGAGCUGCACCCCUUCUUCCAUAUCCCAAUCUUCCUGCUAGGGUCUGGUUUCUAGGAGGGGCCUGGGGUAUUACCGCUGCUACACUGUCCUCCUGCUUCCUUCAGUAUCUCAAUGUCUCAGUCUCAAACUUGAAGCUCUUUAGACCAACGGACCGGUGAGAGGAGAGGAGCUUCUCUCUCCGUCCCUGCUUCAUCCCACUCACAUCCCAGGGCUGGGCCCAGAUCAGGCCUACUGAGCAGCACAAAGGGGCAAGGAGGCCCAGUCCCAAUCCCAGAGUUCUUCCCAGCUCCCUGACCCUGUGAAGUUCCAAUUAUCCUGAUCCCUUCUCAUCCCCUGCUUGGCUUCUCUGCAUGUGGUCAUCUGCUGUGGCCUGGUGUGUAAUGGGUUAAAAAUAAGCCACUGCUUGACAUCCCAACAUCUGAAACCCCACUGUGCCAUCCUGCAGCUGAAAUGGGAACGCUGGCUGCCUCUCCAAACCCAGCUCUUGGACAGAGGAUUUGGGAGGUGGAGGCCAGGCCAGAGGGCUUGGGGAAAGAAUAGAGGGAGAGGCAGCUGAGCUACAGCUUGACUCCUACAGAGUGAAAUGAGAACAGGCUGAAAAUACUACUCCAGGAGAGGACCUCACCCCGAGCAAGACUGUGAGCAGCCCCGCCAGACUCCUGCUGGACUGAGAAACCCGGAUGCUGAUAGUCAUCUGGGCUCGCCUUCUCUGCCAAACGACUGGGAAACCAAAAUGAGCCCACCUGUGUUCUUCCUAGCUCCCCACCCCCCUUCCCGUGCUGCUGUGCUGUGCUCCUCCCCACACUUCCCUGCUAGAGUUCCCAGCUGCUGUAAUGGAGCCGCCUCCAACUUAACAAUAAAUCAAGUUCAUUGC